AUGGCGACGUCCGCGCCGAGUGCGAAUGGGCCUGCCCAAGUGCAGCGCCCACCGAAAGAUGUGCGGCCGCAGACGGAAGAUGUGACGGCGACGAAGGGAAAUGACUUUGAGGACUACUUUUUGAAGCGGGAGCUGUUGAUGGGCAUCUUCGAGGCCGGUUUCGAGCGCCCCUCGCCGAUCCAGGAAGAGGCAAUCCCCAUUGCACUUUCUGGCCGCGACAUUCUUGCGCGUGCCAAGAACGGUACCGGUAAGACGGCCGCGUAUGUGAUCCCGACGCUGGAGCGGGUCAAUACCAAGAAGAAUAAGAUCCAGGCGGUGCUGCUGGUGCCUACGCGUGAGCUUGCGCUGCAGACCAGCCAGGUCGCCAAGACCCUCGGCAAGCACCUCGGUGCCGAGAUCAUGGUGUGCACCGGUGGUACGACGCUCCGCGACGACAUUCUGCGUCUGGGCCAGACCGUGCACAUUCUGGUCGGUACCCCCGGCCGUAUUCUCGACCUGGCUGGCAAAGGCGUUGCGGACCUGAGCCAGUGCACGACGUUUGUUAUGGAUGAGGCCGACAAGCUGCUUUCCCCCGAGUUUACGCCCGUUAUUGAGCAGCUCCUCGCCUUCCUGCCGAAGGAGCGCCAGGUCAUGCUCUUCUCUGCGACCUUCCCGCUGAUCGUGAAAAACUUCAAGGAGAAGCACAUGGUCAAGCCUUACGAGAUUAAUUUGAUGGAUGAGCUGACCCUGCGCGGUGUGACGCAGUACUACGCUUUUGUCGAGGAGCGCCAAAAAGUGCACUGCCUCAACACGCUCUUCUCCAAGCUGCAGAUCAACCAGUCGAUCAUCUUCUGCAACUCGACCAACCGUGUCGAGCUGCUGGCCAAGAAGAUUACGGAGCUCGGCUACUCGUGCUUCUACUCGCAUGCCAAAAUGCUUCAGGCGCACCGCAACCGUGUUUUCCACGACUUCCGCAACGGCGCGUGCCGCAACCUGGUGUGCUCUGACCUGCUCACGCGUGGUAUCGAUAUUCAGGCCGUGAACGUGGUGAUCAACUUUGACUUCCCCAAGAAUGCCGAGACCUACCUGCACCGUAUCGGCCGCAGUGGCCGUUUCGGCCACAUGGGUCUCGCGAUCAACCUGAUUACCUACGAGGACCGCUUCAACUACUACAACAUCGAGCGCGAGCUCGGCACCGAGAUCCAGGCGAUUCCCGCGACGAUCGACAAGCGCCUCUACGUCUCGCCCGCCCUCAUCGAGGAGGCCGACCAGCGCGAGCGCGAGGCCAAGGCGAGCGGCCGCCCGGUGCAAGGCCCGAGUGUCAUGCAGCAGGGCCUGCCGUCCAUCCCCCCUACGCAGGCUGCCAUGCACUCCGUGCCGGUCAACCAAAAUGCCAACUUUACCGAGAGUGUGCCGAACCGCCGCGGCCGUCGUGGACCGCCGCGGAACGGCGGCAACCGUAACCAGCAGCAGACCGCGUAA